GUCACAGUUUUACGUGCUUCAAAAUGGCAGCGCUCGUGUCCUUGUCAUUAAGACCUAGAGCAGGUUUUCUUGUAUCAUGUCAGACACUGACGGUUCUCUCGUGCAGAGGUGCGUCUAAAAAGGCCGGAGGCAGCAGCAAGAACCUGGGAGGGAAAAGUCCAGGUCACAGAUACGGCUUCAAGAAACAAGACGGAGACUUUGUUCGUGCGGGGAACAUCCUCGCCACACAGAGGCUCAUGCGCUGGCACCCGGGAGCUCAUGUCGGCAUGGGGACGAACAAGACUCUGUACGCGCUGGAGGACGGGACGGUCCGGUACACUAAAGAAGUGUACAUCCCUCCACCUCACAGCACCGACGCCAAAGACGUGAUCCCCAAGCUACCGCUAGGAGCCGUGCUCUACAAGUCCUUUAUUAACGUCGUCCCCACCAAGCAGGAGAACAACUUCAAACUAGUGGACAUGGUCUGAGGACCGGUUUCGACCGGCUUCCCGACUCCCUGAACUGAGAAAUGCGUGAAAGUCACACUUGAGCUCUUCUGUGAUGAUGCCAGUGACGAGGAAACAACUUUUUUUACUAAGUUAAUAAAUAAACAAUAAAUAUAAAUCAUAAA